AUGGCUCAUAGCUCAUUGAGAGCCCAACCAUUGGCGUCAUCAGAAGACCAGCCGGGCACAGUGACAUCCGGUCAGUCGGGUGCUGAUAUGAUCUCUUCAGCUAUUCCUGAACACGUAGGUAUUCCAGGGACCGACCAAUCCACGAUCGGUAGUUUCCAGCAAACGACAGAGCGAUCUACCUCGAUCGGAGGAGGCACCUCUACUGAACCUCAUGAAGGAACUUUGAGUACAGACGGCUUCGACUUUCUGGAGCUUGGAGACAUGUAUCACGACUCUACCUUUGACUUUAUGCAUUUCAAUGUCACGGGCGAUCCUCACUCUCCAGAAACCCUCCAGUAUCUAAGUCUGGUGCCAGACCAAGACAACUUGCCUGUCUUGCCCCCAGAAUCUCUUGACCUUGACCCAGAUGGCCAAUCGUCCCACCCAAGCCAACACCAACCAGUACUCAAUCCGUCAACAACGAGAACGCCGAGAGAUUGCCAGUCUUCAGAUGACGAUGAAGAACUUCCUAGAUUUCCAUCAACAGCAGUUUACAAUGGGGAAGCGAUUGAGACAGGUAGUAAUUCCGCAGAAGUCGACAGUCUAUGCUCUCUUGGCCGCUUGGGGCUUAAUAACCUCCAUCUGACGGAAACAAAGAGAGCUGAGAUUCUUGGGCUCAUUAACGAUAUCAGGCCAGUAUAUCCGAAUGGAACGUCGAUCGAUGAGAGUACAGCAGACCUGUCCCUCGCCCUAAUGCAUGAGUACCUGGACUUGUUCUUUGCCAACUUCAACUCUUGUUACCCAAUGAUCCAUACACCGACACUGGAGGUUCUCGACGCGGAACCAUUGUUCCUAUUAUCUCUGAUUGUCCUUGGGGCUACGUAUAAAGACAAAGAAGACCACCAACUCUCAGUGUGCCUAUACGACGCCAUGACGCCGUACAUCUUGAGCGGGCUCAGUGGUAUCAAGGUUCCUGACCUCUCCAUCCUUCAGGCCUUCAUGGUUCUAGAAUGUUAUGGAAUGUAUCGAGCCGGAGCAUAUCAGCGCGAGAAGUCCAUAAUAAUGCAUACGUUUCUGUUCAACGCCAUCAGACGACUUUCCCGUUAUCAUGUGCGGGCCAGGAUAAUGGUUCCUGACUUGAGGACAGAUCGCGAGAAGGACUGGAAAGCAUUUGCGUACAUCGAGCAGUACAAACGCUUGAUAUUGUUUAUCUUUAUGUGGGAUACUCAAAAUGUCAGCUACUACUCGUUCAUGCCAAGCAUGUCUACCCAGUCUAUUCAAGUAAAUCUCCCUUGCUCCAAGGAGCUUUGGGAGGCCAAGGAUGAAGAGGCAUGGAACGCCAUCAUUUCCAAGACUGAUCCUCCGAUGAUCAACACCAUGGUAAAGAACUUUAUCGAGGACGGUGGCAACAUUUGGUGCGAGACGUUAGACAGCCUGUCUCUGAGCUUUAUCCUACAUGGCUUGAUGUCAAUGUGCAACGACAUGGUUCAUUUUCACAACCAGUCCAUCUAUCUUGGAAAUGCCGCGCAAGGGGACGACAACAAUUGGCGCUGCCGGAUGACAACUGCACUGGAGCUGUGGAAGACGAAAUAUGAUGCUUGCGCUAUGGGCACAAGACAGACUAUCGAUGAAGACUUGUCGCUACACGAGUUCCGCCAGGAAAACGUUGCCUUUCUUGCGCUCUAUCACACCGCACAUAUUGUCGUCAAUGCAGAUAUCCGUCACCUCCAGAUUGCAGCAGGCGCGGAGGCGAUCUUUGGACAUGUUGUAACGAGCGCGGAGCGUGAAGAAAGUACCAAGGCGGUGAUCGAGUGGGUGCGGCUAUCUCCUGAAUCGGCUGGUCAUGCUGCGUGGCAUGCUGCACAGAUGAUUCGCGAGGGUCUGUUGAACCUGCGGAAUUGGAAGGCUAACGGCAUGUUCCAUUACCCGUGGUGUCUCUACAUCGGCGUGUUGACGACUUGGGCCUUUGUGCACUUCUCCCAAGGGCAGAAUGAUAGCCGUCGAGGCUGUCAUCAUAGCGCUGGCGGAGAGGAUAUUUUACAGGCACAGUCAAAGGCUCUUAUGCACCAGACCAUUUCUAAUAUGGCAUCUUGUACUCCGGUAACUAUUGGCAGGGACUUGCAUAGAUGUUGCCCGCAUGGUUUAGCUAUUGAAGUGGCAAAGUACCUCAAGACGGUUCGAUGGACUGCUGCCUUUGAAGCAAUGAAGGUCCUUGAGGGUAUCGUGGAGAUGGAAUAA